AUGUCCAACUUCAAGAGGGCCUCUAUGGCGGGUGCCGGAUCAAAGUCCGCCUCUUCAUCAGCGGCGAUGGCAGCAGGCGGCAACAACAAGAACGGCAGCAUUUUGAAUGCCCUCCGAGCAACCACAAUGAUUGAUUCCAAGCCAGUAUUACCAGCCGAAAUCCUCGUCACAAUCCUCGACUACCUCCCCGUCUCCGACCUCCUCCGCUUCGCCCGCACCUCGCGCCGCAUGCGCGAGAUGGUCUACGACGACACCCGCUGGGUUGCCCGCCUUCGCUCCAUGGGGGUGUGGGACGAAGCCGAAGCCCGGCGGCGGUUCGAGGAGGUGAUGAAGCGACGGCGCGAAGCCGCCGAACGGGCGGAGAGGGAAAGACUUGCCGCUGCAGCAGCGGCAGGGAGGGGACAACACGUUAUUCCGGGACAAACACAGCAUCUUUUUCCUGUGUUACAACAACAGCAGCCGCCGCCGCCGCCGCCGGUGAUAACGACUACACUGUUUGAUGCGGGCGAGGAGGAGCUGAGGAGGAAAAGGAUCGCGGAGGAGCAGCAGAAAAGAGAGCAGGCGAUAAGGGAGGCGGCGCAGAGGAGGGCGGUGGAGGAGAUGGAGGGGUUGCAGGACGGGUUUGAGACGAUGAAAGUUGGUGGUGCUACCAGUGGUGGUGGUGCGUUAGGAGGACUGCUACCAACAGCGGCACAACAAAAAGACCCCUUCUCCGAUCCCGAAGCGUUACUAAACGUGAUCAAGAACGCCCGCUCCAUCCGUGGCCACGCCCGGCAAGAGUACGGCAAGAUCUACGGCGCGCUAGCACCCUUCUACUUCGACCUGGCCAAGGCGAAAUCGCACACGGACCCGGUCGUCUUCCGCGUGUUUCGGGACCCGGAGCGGCAGGCGCAGAUGCUGGCCAACCUACGGACGUUCGCCAAGUCGGACUGGGCCGCGGGGUGGCGGCAGCGCGAGGAGAAGCUGGCGACCAUGGCGGGCAUCUUCGAGAGCGCGGUGCUGCACGAGUUCGAGACGGGCUACGAGUUCUGGGACGUUGAUGGGCGGAUGCACAAGUACGCGCAUGUGCUGGAUCUGCUGAACGGCGGGACAGCGGCGGUGGAGCUGUUUAUCCAGAAACAUCCGAUCUUCUCGGACAAAGAGGUGUUGGCGAACCCGAUGGAUUGCGUGAAUCAGGCGCUGGCGGACGACGUCACGCUGGAGCCGUCGAGGCGGUUCUUUGAGGUGUUGACGGCCAAAGUGAACGAGCAGGCGGAUAUUAUCCAGCGGGUGUUUCCGAAGCCGGCCGAGGUGUUUUGGUUGUUGAUGGGGAAAAUCAGGGACGAUAUCCUGACGGACUACGUGACGCCGCUCUUUGACGAGACGCACGAGAGGAGCUUGGCGGCGUAUGUGAAGGCCGUCUCGGGCUUGUUUGAGCAGACGUUGCAGUUCUUUAGGACGGUGAAUGCGCCCAAGGACGAAAAGAACCCUAAGGAGCAAGGGGCGCUUGCGAAAGAGUUUGCACUCAAAGUGUUUGAACAGCAUCUGGAUCUUUACCUGGCCGAUGAGCUGGAUUACUUCACCCAGCAGGCGGAGGCGGAGGUGGGCGAGUGGGAGAAGAAACUGUCGGAGCAGGAUGCUACGGCGGAGUCGUUCUACAUGGGCAGCUUCACUAACCGACAGGCGGAUAAGAAGGACUUCUUGACGUCGUUCAAGAAAGUGGUUAUGAUGCCCGUUUCUGUUCUGCCCAGUUUACCGCUGGGGUCGCCCUUUGCUUCAAAGCCGGCUGUAACCCCAACGACGGCCACGACAGCAGCGGCGAACGGUGGCGAGUUACAGGCGCCGGAGAAUCCUGAGCAGUCUCGUCCAGUUUCUCCCAGUCUGGCGGCGCCAGGGAUUGUUGAUCGUACAGGAAGUCCCUUGCCGGACAAGGCUCCCACGGAUGAGCUAGCAGCAAAGGCGGCACUAAUGACCUCCAGACUAGAAGGCAUCAAGUCUCUCUUCAGCAUCGAGGUUGCCCUCAGUCUCGUUCACAACGCCAAAUCUAGUCUCGGCCGCGCCGCAGUUUUUAUUCAGUUAGGCGGCCAAGCCGGCGGCGAAGCUCGUGAGCAAUGCGAGGCCAUAUUCGUCGCGUUGCUCCGCAUCCUCGGCGGCCGUCACAUCAAGCCUGGUUUCGACAAGGCAGUCGCCCACCUUUCGCAAUACAAUCCGCGCGAGGUCUCCCACCACGACAAGGGCGGCGUGGCGCCCCUAGUGACCUUUAUCGAGCUCGUCAACGUCGGCGACCUUAUCUCACAAAUGAUUGACGUCUUCUACGAGCAACAGCUCACAACACCCAAGAUCGCAGACCGCAACGACUUUUUGGACCCAGCCGGUCUGGCCAAGAAGAAAUUCGAGCAGAUGCUCGACGAAAGCGUCGCGGCCGGUCUCAACAAGGGCAUUGACGUGCUGAUGGACGAAGUCGAGUACGUCUGCGCCACCACGCAACAACCAACCGACUACAACCCGACCAUGACCACCGACCCGUUCAACGACGCGGCCAGCAUCAGCGGCAUGAGCGUCACCACCGAAGGUACCACCGGUAGCAGUAGUAACCACCACAGCAGCAGCAGCAACAAUAACAACAGAAAAUCCCGCUACAAAUCCGGCACGCCCUCCAUCUGGUCCCUCCCCUCUCUCCCCGGCACGCCCACCACCCCCGGCGGUGGCUCCAGCAACAGCAACACGAACUCGCUCGGCCCGCAAGACAUCGGCCCCACACCCACCGCCCUCCGCAUCCGCGACCUCGUCGCCUCACACACCUCCAUGCUGACGGGCUCAACGGAUAAAUCGAUGCUAGACGUAUUCAACGGCGAAGUCGGCCUUCGCCUCUUUGCCGCAGUCUGCAAGCACCUCAAGCGUCAACGCAUCUCCACCGAGGGCGCCAUCAAGCUCAUUGCCGACGUAAAUUUGUAUUAUGAGUACAUCCGCACCCUCAAAAACAACGAUUUGCUAGCGUACUUCAAAGCAUUGAGGGAGUUGAGUCAGAUUUACCUGAUUGAUGCUAAGCACCAUGCCAAGGAGAUGGCGACGAUUAUUGCGGAUAACGAGCGGUUUAGUGGUGUUUUCAGGGCCGAGGAGGUAUAUGAGUAUGCGGAACGACGGGCGGAUUGGUAUAGUGUUAGGAAGGAAGUGGAGAGGGCUAUGUAUGGGUUGGAGUGUGUGGUUAUGUGA